AUGGCUCUCAUACGCCUUUUGCAGCGCAAGCCGGACGGCGAGAUCGUCUUUCGCGAACCUACCAGCGGCGAUGUCCCUGCCUACGCAAUACUCACUCAUACAUGGGGAAAAGAGGAGGUCAAUUUUGAGGACAUGGAAGCCAACGCGGACAUGAGCAAGACUGUGAGCAAGGCUGGGUGGAGGAAGAUACAGUUCUGCGCGAAUCAGGCAGCAGCUGAUGGACUACGAUACUUCUGGAUAGACACCUGCUGCAUUGAUAAGAAGAAUGCGGUCGAGCUCGGCGCAGCGAUCAACUCUAUGUUUCGGUGGUAUCAGAACGCUGCGCGCUGCUACGCCUACCUUUCGGAUGGCGAAAGGACAUUGGAACAGGCAUUUAGGACGAGUCCAUGGUUUACCCGAGGCUGGACGCUUCAAGAGCUUAUUGCACCAAGGCUGGUUGACUGCUUUAGCUCGGAGGGUGAGCGACUUGGGAGCAGAUUGUUGCUUAAGCCUGAGAUACACAAGAUUACCGGCAUUGCAAAGAAUGCUCUCCGAGCCGCCUCGAAGCACGAUAAAGACCCGCGACUCGCCGUCGAUGAUGACGAGGAGCAAAUAGAAGAUGACUUCGGAUCGAUCCUUUCGAAUACAGCUGACAUACAAUCGAAUGUCUCCGUCGACACAAGUUUACCUACCCGAGAGGGGAAAUUGCAUCUAGCUCAGAUGCUGGCCACUCACCCUGAUCUUGCCCCCUUGUGCAGAAAGGCUCUGGCUAGGAUGGACAGAGAUAGAUUCAUAAACACUGCUCGUAAGCUACUCAAGCCGUAUUAUCGAAAUCUGCUCGAAGAAGUCAGCACCGAGCGGCAGCGGGCAAGCGUACAAUUGCUUAAGAGCCGACGUGGGAGGCACCAGAUAGCCGCAGGAAUGGCGAAGCUUCUCGAUGUCGACGUAGACAACGAAAACUCGGAAAAGCGCGACGAAGUCUUGGAGCAGGUGCAGAGACGAGCCGAGUAUCUCAACACACGGAUAUCGCAAGUUCCGCAUGUUGUACCUAACGAACCUUUUUCCGGCACGGGACGGCUGUCUGAUGUCGUAAGCCAUGGCCUAGAGGACGAAGUCAACUUCGACGACGGCCUUCUAGACGAAGACCAGUACUGCCCGUCAACGGGAUCCGACGUCCCAGACUUUUCGAACCUUGCCGAGAUGGAGGGAUUCUUUCGGGAGUCAAAGCCAUUCGGCUUGCUGCUCAGUGAAUUCAGAAAGUUAUUGCUUCCGCAGCAGCUGCGCCAUGUUAUCAACACUAUCCCGCGAACCCAGAUCUGGCUCUCUCCGCAACAGGAUCGCACCCUUCUCAAUCGAGCAAAGGCUCAUAUUGAAGACUAUACUCAAUUAGAAUGGGAUUGGUGGCCGCUUAAGCCUCGAAUGAGAGAUUUGAGUAGUGAUGAAACAAGGGUUAUUUGGAAAUGUGUUUGUGGGCAACAUCUCUGGCUGGAGAUAUCAAAUGAAGAUGCCGAACUCAUUCGGGAUAUUUUGCCUAUCAUGGACAACAAUCCGCCCUGGUCGCAUCGCUGCAGGCCUAAAGUAGAUCGACCAACAUGGGGUUCACGUGUCCCAGGAUUUAUAUACACGGCUGCUCCUACAUCAAGUGCGAGUCAGCGAUAUACGCCUUCAAGCAAUGCUGGCUUGUCAUCCUCCUCGACACCCGCAACUGGGGCUAUUUCCUCUACCAGUAAUGCGGGGCGGUCAAGUACGUCCAGCCCAAACAUGUCUCAGCAGCUAGGAGGGACGACCUCAAGCCAGCAACCUAUUGCUACCUCGAUAACUUCGAACGCCACGAAUCAACUCUGGGUCCUCUUUGGCGUACAAGGUCCACGCCGGCCUCUGGAGAUGGACCACAUCCUCGUCGAUGGUGCGACCAAUGACGAUACCUUUUAUCGCUCUCUACGGAAAACAUAUCAAUUUCAUCGAGGAAAGCUAAGAUUGUGGUUUUCGUUCUGGAGGUUCCGGUAUUGUGAGGUCGUUAAGUUUAAACGUCUGGCACCACGAUGGGUCAUACGUGACCGCAAAGAUCUUCCAAGUGGCGUAGAUUACGAAUAUGAUCCCCGACCACCCAGAGCAACAAACCCUCCAAUAUCCAGGCACGAGUUUGCGAUGCACCUCAACGCGUGCGACCAACCCUGUCCCUGGUCUUGGUCCUACUUCCACGAAUGCAUGCCGCAGCUUAACACAUUGACUUCGAUCACGUCCAUCCCAAAGAAACGCAAGCAGUUCAACACCACAACCACAUCUAGUACCUUCACACCACCCGCCGAUGCUUUUGCCUGGGGUCUAGAAGCGCGGCAUUCUAUUUCAGCACUCUACGUGGUGAUAUAUCACGUACUGAUCGUUGCGGGCCCUUUCGCAUUUUGGGCAUGGUGGAUGACGAGACAUCCGGGAGAUAUGCAAAAUGCGAGUAUACCGACGACCAUUGUGCUGGGGUUGUUGUCCUUGUUUUGGUGUACAAAUGGGAUCUUAACACAGGGAAGAGAGACGAAAGAACUCUAG